GGUGGCUUCGGCGGCGCUGCCGCAGCUGCUCGGUGCGGGCGGCGGCGGCCGGGGGGCCCUGGCUGCCCGUACCCGGCAUGGCCGCCAAGGGGGCCCGGCAGCGCCCGCGGGCGGGCGGCGGGGACGCGGCGGGGCGGCGGCCUGAGGGCAGCGAGGAGCCGCGGAACGAAUCAUCCGGGAGCAAAGCAGGGCACGUCUGGGCCCCUGAAGGAUCAACAGCUUUCAAGUGUCUCAUCUCGGCCAGGUUCUGUGCAGCUCUGCUGAGCAACAUCUCGGAUUGUGACGAGACCUUUAACUACUGGGAACCGACACACUACCUCAUUUAUGGGAAGGGGUUUCAGACAUGGGAGUACUCUCCAGCCUAUGCCAUCCGCUCCUAUGCUUACCUGUGGCUCCAUGCCUUGCCAGCCUGGUUCCAUGCCAGGGUUCUGCAAACCAACAAGGUUCUCAUCUUCUAUUUCCUGCGAUGCUUCCUGGCCUUCCUGAGCUGCAUUUGUGAACUCUACUUUUACAAGGCUGUGUGCAAGAAGUUUGGGCUGCACGUGAGCAGGCUGAUGUUGGCUUUCCUGGUGCUCAGCACGGGGAUGUUCUGUGCUUCUGCAGCUUUCCUGCCCAGCAGUUUCUGCAUGUACACCACGGUGAUUGCCAUGACGGGCUGGUACAUGGACAGGACCUCGGUGGCAGUGCUGGGGGUGGCUGCUGGAGCCCUGCUGGGCUGGCCCUUCAGCGCAGCUCUGGGGCUCCCUAUUGCCUUUGACUUGUUGAUCCUGAAGAAGAGGUGGAAAAGUUUCCUGAACUGGUGUGUGGUGUCCUUGAUCCUGUUUUUGGUGCCCUUGGUGGUGGUGGACAGCUAUUACUAUGGGAAGCUGGUGGUGGCACCUCUCAACAUCGUUUUGUACAAUGUCUUCACCCCCCACGGCCCUGAUCUCUACGGUACAGAGCCCUGGUACUUCUAUUUCAUCAAUGGCUUUCUGAAUUUCAACGUGGUUUUUGUGCUGGCCCUGCUUGUGCUGCCUCUGACCUGUCUGAUGGAGUGUUUGCUGCAGAAAUUCCGUGUUCAGAAUCUGGGCCGUCCCUACUGGCUGACCCUGGCUCCCAUGUACAUCUGGAUCCUGAUUUUCUUCAGCCAGCCCCACAAGGAAGAGAGAUUUCUCUUCCCCAUCUAUCCCCUCAUCUGUCUCUCUGGUGCUGUGGCUCUCUCUGCUCUUCAGAAAUGUUACCACUUCAUCUUCCAGCGCUACCGCCUGGAACACUACACAGUGUCCUCCAACUGGCUGGCCCUGGGGACUGUCUUCCUCUUUGGCCUUUUGUCACUCUCACGCUCUGUUGCCUUAUUCAAAGGUUACCACGGGCCCCUGGACCUGUACCCGGAAUUCCACAGGAUUGCCACUGACCCCAGCAUCCACACGGUGCCAGAGGGGAGGCCAGUCCAUGUCUGUGUGGGGAAGGAGUGGCACAGGUUCCCCAGCAGCUUCCUGCUGCCAGACAACUGGCAGCUCCAGUUUAUCCUGUCAGAAUUCCGGGGCCAGCUGCCCAAACCCUUUGCCAAGGGGCCCAUGGCCACCAGGAUCAUUCCCACGGACAUGAACGACCAGAACAAGGAGGAGCCAUCUCGAUACAUUGACAUCUCCAAGUGCCACUACCUGGUGGACUUGGACACAGCAACGGAGAGCCCGAGGGAGCCCAGGUACUCCUCCAACAGAGAAGAGUGGCUGACCAUUGCCUACAAACCAUUCCUUGAUGUUUCCAGGUCCUCCCGGCUGCUGCGGGCGUUCUACAUCCCCCUGCUCUCGGAGCAGCACACGCGCUACGCCAACUACACCAUCCUGAAAUCCCGCAGGAGGCAGGCCAGGAAAAAAAUGGGAGGCUAGGAACACACCUGGGCCGGCAAAAAAACCCCACCCAAAGCAUCUGCUGGCGCUCUUGGACAGCUGCCUGAGCCACGUUCAGCUCCCUGUGUGAAGGAUGGUGCUGGGAGGAUUCCCUGAGGAGCUCUGGCAGCCUCUGCUCCUCUGCCUGGAGCCAUUGGAAAAUCCAGCAGCCAUCUAUGGAUGCUGUGUUAUCCCUGCUGUUCCCUGUGCUCUUCUCUCUGACGCCAGAGGAGAGAAAAAUGGAAAAUAAAACAGGGGGGGUGGCACCGUGAGGUUCUGCUCCAGGCUGGGAAAAUCCAGCUCAAAUUCUCAAUGUGUCUCCCCCACCCACCCCUCCACUGUCCUCACCUGCUCAAGCUCUGCUGUCUUUCACCCAGGGAAAUUUUUUUCAGGUAACAAAGCUUAGGAAUUUUCUUUUUCCAAGGGGAAAAGGAGGAAAAUCACCUGGCUGACAAUGAACUGGAAUGCACUGAGUCUCAAGGAAUGAAACAUCUUGCAGAGGAACAGCCAAAGCUGCUCUGUCCAGGAGACAUUUCCAGGGAUAAACCCGUGCUUUUGGGAAGAAAAAACCAAACUGAGACAAUUAUGUGUUUAAUGGGAUCAGAGUGUUUGUGUUGUCUGUGAAGCCAAGUGUUUGUUUGCUAUUUAUAAUGAUUUUUUUCAAGAUCCUUGGAAUUCUGGACUUCAGCAUCUUAAAACUUCUGGAAUCAUCCAGAGAGGAGAAGGAUGAAUCCAUUUUUCUUUUUGCAGUUCUGUUUCCCAGAAUAGCCAGGAUGUGUUACGUGGGUCCAACAUGCCUCAGAGCAGCGCUGUGCUUGUUCUAUCUCCAUUUUUAAAUGUGCAGCAUCACCAGCUGGAUGGAGGGAGCUGUUUUCACUCACAUCCCUGGAGUUCUGUGGGGAUAUGGGGUGGAGGGGAAGUUCUGCACCUGCUCCAUGGUGUGACUGUGCCUGGGUUGGUCUGAGCAGGGAGAUCAGGGAGCAGAUUUGGAUGUCUGGGAUCCAGGAAAGCUCUGGGGGUCCAGGUGGUGGGUGCAGGUCUCAGCAGGGUGGGAAGGCUGUGAUCCAACCUGACCCUGCUGGGACAGAGCAGGAGGAGCUGGAUGAGCAGCAGGGCUGGGCUGAACUGUAGGACCAACCUCAAACACAGGAGUAGUUUCUGAAUCCCAGCAUUGCAUUAAGGAGGUUUUUAAUGCUUGUGCUACAGCCCUGCUGGAGCCUGGAUGGUCACACCAUGGAGAAUCCCAUUGCUCCCCACUCCCUGGAGCAGCAGGUGGACGCUGAGGCUCUAAAUUCAGAUUUAAAGUGUUGUCUGAGUCGUGCCAUCCUUAGGGAAACGCAAGGCUCACCUUCCCAAGCGUCAGCUGUGGAGCUCUGAGGUUUUCAAGGCACGGGAGGGGAGGGCAGAGCUGACAGCAGGGUUCUGUGUCUGUGUUCAUCUCCCCCUCCCUCCCUCCCUGCAACCAGCUCUGCCCUCAGUAAAGCUCACACAGGGCUCUCUGGUGCUGCUAAAUCCAAACCAAAACUCCUGCCCUGCUUGCUGCCUCUUCCCUUGAUCAAAUAAAGCACCAGGUGCAGCUGGA